GCGGGUGCCUCAGUGUGCGCGCGGCCGGCGCGGCGGGCGGGUCGCUCCCUGCGCUCCUUCCGCUCCCUCCGCCCCUCAGCGCCGCCGCCAUGGCUUCGGAUUCUGGAAGUUACAGUCAGUCUGGGGGCCAGCAGAGCUACUCAUCCUAUGGCAGUCAGAGCAGUCAGAAUUAUGGACAAGGACAGGGAUAUUCUGGUUAUGGGCAGAGUGGAGACAAUUCCUCCUAUGGACAGAACUAUGGAAGCUAUCAUGGGAACUAUGGACAAAAUCAAUCAGGUUUGGCUAGCUUGUUGCAUUCAUUGGCAGGAUUUAAAAGGUGAAUAUUGACUAAAAAUUUUCUUCCUCAAUUUCCAGGUUAUGGACAAGAUUCCCAGGGAUACGAUGAUGAAUCUAAUUAUGAAAAUCAGAAUCAGAGCUCCUACAACCAGCAGUCCUAUGGCAGCCAGGGGCAGCAGAAAGGGUCAUCCAGAGGUGGAAGAGGCUCUUAUGAACAAAAGUCAAACUAUGGUCAGCACCAAAGCUCUUAUGACCAGCAGUCAAGCUAUGGACAAAACCAAGACUCUUAUGACCAGCAGUCAAGCUCCUAUGACCAGCAGUCGGGCUAUGGCCACCAGGGCUCAUAUGACCAGCAGUCGGGCUAUGGCCACCAGAGCUCUUAUGACCAAAAGUCAGGCUAUAACCAACACCAAAGCUCAUAUGGCCACUCCCAGCAAUCCUACCAGUCUCAGAAGGGAAGCUAUAGCCACAACAGCCAAGAUGACCGCCGUGAAAAGAGCAGGUAUGGAGAAGAUAAUAGAGGAUAUGGCGGGUCACAGGGAGGAGGUAGAGGGGGAUAUGACAUGGAUGGAAGAGGUCAUAUGUCUGGAUAUAGGUCAAAGGGAUUAUGGACCGAGAUCAGAUGCUGAUUCAGAGUCUGACAACUCUGAUAAUAACACCAUCUUUGUGCAAGGACUUGGAGAGGAUGUUUCAACAGAUCAAGUGGCAGACUAUUUCAAACAGAUUGGUAUCAUAAAGACCAACAAAAAGACUGGGAAACCCAUGAUAAAUCUGUACACAGACAAGGAUACUGGCAAGCCAAAGGGAGAAGCCACAGUUUCUUUUGAUGACCCUCCUUCUGCUAAAGCAGCAAUCGACUGGUUUGAUGGAAAAGAAUUCAAUGGCAAUGUUAUCAAAGUUUCUUUUGCAACCAGAAGACCUGAAUUCAUGAGAGGAGGUGGAGGUGGCGGGCGUCGAGGUUCACGAGGUGGCUAUGGAAGAGGUGGGGGCUUCCAGGGUAGAAGUGGGGAACCCAAAAAUGGUGAUUGGGUUUGUCCUAACCCGUCCUGUGGCAACAUGAACUUUGCUCGCAGGAAUUCCUGCAACCAGUGUGGGGAGCCCAGACCAGAAGAUUCGCGUCCAUCAGGAGAUUUCCGUGGUAGAGGUGGCUACGGAGGAGAGCGGGGCUAUCGAGGGCGCGGCGGCCGAGGCGGGGACCGGGGAGGUGGCUAUGGGGGCAAAAUGGGAGGAAGAAAUGAUUUCAGAAAUGAUCAACGCAACAGACCAUACUGAAGACCACUGUGAAUGUUUUGUUUGUCUUCUCGAUGCGUUUGAUAGUGAAAUUGCCUGCAGCUUCACCCAUGGCCUCUUUCAAUAGUGGAAUUGAGUGAAACUAGAUUUUUAUUUUGGUGGGAGGGACUGGGGUGGUUUUGGAGGAUUUUUUUUUAAGCAAGACAUUGAAAUUUAAUCCAAAUUUCCACAUUCUCCUCUUUCCUUCCCCCCUUCCCAUACCUUUUCAACGGGCCCUAAGAAGGAAAAGGAUAAACUGUAAAAUAUUGCCAAAAUAUGAAGUGUUUUGUAAUACAACAAUAAAUGCUGAUUGUUUUAUUUGUGAAA